AUUCGAGCAAGUUACUACCCUGAAUGGGUGUUCGAAAUUUAACCCCUAUACGAAAAUGGAUGUACUACCUCACGCGAUACUGGGAGGUGCCGCCUUUACCGCGCUGGCGAUGUACCUAGAUGCGAAAUUCUCGGUAAGCAAAGACCUGGCCCAAAUCCAAAGCGCACGGCAAGGCCAAAAAUUCAGUAGGGGGCUAUUUGAGAGACACGGGAACGAUGACUGGUCCUUUUACCAUAUCGUGCAUGCCUCCCACGCAGUUCGAGCAAAAGUCGGGUCGGACGAGGCGCUCCAGUUCGAAGGGCGAAGCUGGUCGUAUAACGACCUGAGACAAGAGAUUGGGCGUGUUGCUGAGGCGUUGGCCAAUGCUGGUGUGAAAAACAGAGCGGUUGUGUGUCUGUUUAUGGACAACUCUCCUGAGUUCAUCUUUACCUGGUGGGCGUUGUUCAAACUCGGGGCCAUCCCAGCACCGAUCAACACCAAGUUCAAAACCGAACAUAUCAGACAUUGUGCCAGGCUGUGCGAAUCGUCAUUUCUCAUAUGCACCACGGAGCUUUGGAGCGUGAUCCAGGAGGCAUUCUAUGACUGUCAAGAUAGUCGCCACCAAACCACCGUUAUUUACAACGCGGGGACGUACACUUCACGUUCGCCGGACUCGUCGUUACCAGAGGGAGUUGUGUACUGGGACCACGACAAGUUUCCGCCGGCCAAGCCAGGAAUAACCGACGACUACCCAGCUCACCAGAGACCGAAGAUCGGUCCGACUAUGCCGGUGCAAUACUUGUUUACUUCCGGAACAACUGGCCUACCCAAAGCUGUAUGCUACCCUGCUAGCUACUGCUUGAUGCUUGCCAACCACCGCAGGUGGCCUGGAAUGUUUGAUAUCCGUCGGCGAUAUUAUAUAUGUCUACCUCUGUUCCACGGAACAGCUCAGGUCGCAGCAAUGCCCGCAGUGCUGAUGACAUUUGGCACUGUUAUUCUCGCGCGCCGCUUCUCACGCCGGGAGUUCUGGAGUGACAUUCGAAAAUCCAACGCAAAUGCCAUCCUGUAUAUUGGGGAAAUGCUUCGAUACCUCGUCCAGUGCCCACCAGACCCUCGAUUCCCGGAUGAAAGAGACCAUAAGGUCACCCUGGCGUUCGGGCUAGGACUCGCACCGACCGUCUGGAAGGCAUUCCGCGAGAGAUUCGGCGUGGAUUGGAUUGUGGAAUAUUAUAGUGCGACAGAGGCAACAGCGUCACUGCUCAAUUCGAAUAGGAAUAAUUAUGCGGGAGUUGGCAAAGUCGCCCAUUGGGGGCCCCUGAUGAGACAUUUGGGGCAAGAUACGUUCUACAUCGUCAAGGCAGAUUUAGAGUCAGGCGAAAUCCUGCGCGACCCGAGGACUGGUUUCUGUAUUCCGGCUAAGAUGGGCGAGCUUGGGGAAGCCAUCUGCCGUAUCAGACCUCCUAUCCAGCGAAAGCAUGACUAUGUUGGCGACGGAGGCGCAGAAGCGACAGAGAAGAAGACGCUCCGAAAUGUGUUUAGCAAAGGUGACGAAUUCUUUCGGCUCGGCGAUGCGCUAUCCAUGGAUUCUGAUGGGUAUAUUUCAUUCUCGGAUCGCCUGGGGGAUACCUACCGCGUCAAGGGCCAUAAUAUAUCCACAACAGAGGUUGAGAAUUGCCUUGGCCGCCACCCUGAAAUCGCAUCAGCUAAUGUAUACGCCAUCCCUAUGAAUCAGUACGGGUAUGAGGGCCAACUCGGCUGUGCGGCCAUUGAGCUCCAUGCAGAAUCCUGGGAUCGAGUUGACAAGAUCAUCUGCGGGCUAGAGCAGUGGAUGACAAGCUCUGAACAGGGCAUCCCAGCAUAUGCCGUCCCACGAUUCCUGCGCCUGAUCCGCGAUAGUGACAACAUGGUUCCUGGCCGAGGUUCUAGUCAGGAAAAUGAGGUCGAGCGAGUGUCAACUAUCAUGAAGAAGGUGAAGGUUGGGCUCCGCAAGGAGGGAUUUUGGCCUGCUGGAGGUGAAGAUCAGAUGUAUUGGAUUGAGAAAGAAGGAUCAGGAUAUGUUCCUCUACUUGAAGCCACUGCACGGUCACUUCGGGCUGGGGAAUUCCGGCUGUAACAUGGGUAUCUUGUGGGAUUUUAACUGAUUAUUAAGCUAUUAAGACAGGGCGCUUUUUAUUAAUCAAGGAGUAUCCUAAAUAAUUAUUAAUAGUUAGUUUUAGGUGUGGAGAUAUAAAGAAGGUAG